GGCGUAUUAUCUGGCCCUAGACAAAAUAGGGUCUACUGCUGUCCUCGUCUGGGGAACCCCAUAUUUUCUUUCGAGGCAUUGCAAGGCCUGGAUGUUACCGACAAGUCACUCGACUGGCUCCAUAUUCUAUGCUGAGACGGCGGGCUAACGCUGGCGAGUUUGAUGGCCGCUUUGGUAGGUAUGUCGUCACCAAGGUUUUCGAGGGCGGGGGCCACGGCCUCGCGGCUCAUGCCUGUAUACCUAUAUAUAUCCGAGUGAGCCUCAACAUGGCAUGAUUCCAUCUCUUCCUAGGAUAUAAAUCUCUUGACGGCAGCCCCUACUUCCAUCAAGUCUCGGACGCGUACCGUUCAGACAACCACAGACGGCAACUAUUAGGAGCGAGGUUGAACGUGCCCAAGAGUAUGACCGUCAAUACAGAAAAGACAUCCCCCGAGAGGGGGGCCAUGUACGCAGACGACAGCAGCUUCGUCGAGGAGGAUGAGCUGGACCAAGUAACAGCUUUGGCUCGACGUACGACGACUACGCAGUCACCGGACGGGAACCAUUCAGACGUACCCAACCCGCUCCGACCCGUAAAGGGGACGAAGCUAGAUCCAUUCUCACACACAUUCGACGUAUCGGCAUGGACGAAAGCCUUUAUGGACAUGGUCGAGACUGACGGCCGCAUUCCGCGGCGGAGAAGCGGCGUCGCCUUCCGUAACCUCGACGUCUACGGCUACAGCACGGGCUCCGAAUACCAAGCGAGCACGGGAAACAUACCGCUACGCCUGGCUUCGUAUCUGACUCGCCAGUUUCGCGGCAGUAGCGGCGGCGCCAGCAGAGGCCGCCAGCGGAUCGACAUCCUACGCGACUUCGAGGGUCUAGUGGAGGAGGGCGGGAUGCUCCUCGUGCUAGGUCCUCCAGGCUCGGGUUGCUCGACACUCCUUAAGGCGCUAGCAGGCGAGACACGGGGCUUACAUGUCGGCAGUAACGCACAUAUGAACUUCAGGGGUAUCCCAGCGCAGCAGAUGCACACGCAGUUCCGGGGCGACGUGCUCUACAACGCCGAGGUCGACGUCCACCUACCUGCGCUUACCGUCGGCGACACGCUCGACUUCGCGGCGCGCGCGCGGGUGCCGGCGCGGGUACCGCAGCUGGGUCUGACGGCGGCCGAGUAUGCGCGCAUCGUGCGCGACGUGACCAUGGCCAUGUUCCGGAUCACGCACACGGAGAACACGAAGGUCGGCGACGACUUCGUGCGCGGCGUCUCCGGCGGCGAGCGCAAGCGUGUCAGCAUUGCCGAGGCCUCGCUCACCGGCGCCCGGUUCCAGUGCUGGGACAAUAGCACGCGCGGCCUCGACAGCGAGAACGCCAUCCAGUUCUGUCGGAACCUCCGCGUCCAGGCCGACAUCAAGGAGGUCGUCGCCGCCGUCGCCAUAUAUCAAGCGCCCCAACGCGCAUACGAACUCUUCGACAAGGUCAUCGUCCUCUACGAAGGACGCCAGAUAUUCUUCGGAAGGGGCCAGGACGCGAAGGCUUACUUUGAGGGGUUGGGUUUCGAGUGCCCUCCUCGACAGACUACGGCAGACUUUCUAACAUCGAUGACAUCGCCUCAGGAGCGCCGUGUUCGCGCCGGCUACGAGUCCAAAGCACCCCGUACACCUGACGAGUUCGCCGCAUGUUGGAAAGCAUCGAACCCACGCGCGCAAUUACUAGCAGAUAUCGAGCGGUACGACCAAGCACACCCCUCCGCUGAUCGUCUAGCCGAAUUCUCAAGCAGCCGUGCCGCGGAGCGGUCGUCGAUGCAGCGUCGCAAAUCGCCGUACACGCUGUCGUUCCCGCGGCAGGUGAACCUAUGCCUCUGGCGGGGGUGGAAGAGGCUGGUCGCUGACCCAGGCUACACCAUAGCGCAGCUGAUCUUCAACCUAGUGAUUGGAAUUUGCAUCGGGACCGUGUUCCUCAGGCUCAAGAACGACAGCAGCACGUUCUACUACCGGGGCGCCAUCAUCUUCACUGCGCUGCUGUUCAACGCGUUCUCGAGUCAGAUGGAGGUGCUGACGCUAUACGCGCAGCGCCCAAUCGUCGAGAAGCACGAGCGCUAUGCGUUCUAUCAUCAGGCGGCAGAGGCCGUGUCAAGCUACGUGACGGACCUGCCGUAUAAGACGAUCAACAUGUUCAUGUUCAACUCCAUCAUCUACUUCCUGGCUGAUCUGCGCCCAGGCGCGGGGUAUUUCUUCUUCUUUUGCCUGGCCUCGUACCUCGUGCUGCUGGUCAUGUCGGCGCUGUUCCGCCUCAUCGCUUCGAUCACACGGACAUCCCACCAGGCCAUGGUACCGGCAGCCGUACUCGCAAUUGGCCUCAUGGCUUACGCCGGCUUCGCCGUCCCGACCCCUAACAUGCUCGGCUGGUCACGCUGGAUGAACUACAUCAACCCCCUCGCUUACGGCUUCGAGGCGCUCAUGGCGAACGAGUUCAGCGGCCGCGAAUUCCCCUGCGCCGUUAUGGUGCCGUCGGGCCCUGGUUAUGACGAGCUGCCGCUCGAACAUCGUAUCUGCUCCGUCACCGGGGGGGUCGCCGGGUCGAGCCUCGUCAGCGGCGACCGCUUCAUCGAGUCAUCGUAUGACUACUGGAGCAGUCAUAAAUGGAGGAAUAUCGGCAUCCUGUUCGGAUAUCUCGUCUUUUUCCUCGGCGCUUACUUCAUGGCGGCAGAAUAUGCCCUGCCCCAGAGAAGCAAGGGCGAGGUUCUCGUAUUCAGGCGCGGCAGCAAGCAACUUCAUUCGAAACAUUCACACACUGACGUAGAGUCCGGGCCUCAAAGCUCCCAGCCACGUCUCGCAGACUUGAGGAAAGGGGGUGACGCUGUCGCGAACAACGAACUGCAGUUAGCGAAGGUCAAGCCCAGCGACUCGGACAGGAAAAUCUUUCACUGGGAAGACUUGUCCUACGAUGUCCAAAUAAAGAGGAAGACUCGCCGUAUCCUAGACCAUGUUGACGGCUGGGUGCAACCGGGCGUGACAACGGUCCUGAUGGGUUCUUCAGGUGCAGGCAAGACAACUUUGUUAGACAGCCUAGCAGCUCGCGUAACGACGGGGGUAAUCUCUGGAAGCACCCUUAUCGAUGGCAAGCCGACGGACCGGUCGUUCCAGAGCCAGGUCGGAUACGUACAGCAGCAGGACUUGCACCUCGAAACGACGACGGUGCGUGAGGCGCUCGAAUUCAGUGCGGUAUUACGCCAACCGGCGGGAAUCCCGCGGGAGGAGCGAAUAGCGUACGUUGACGAGGUGAUUAAGAUGCUCGACAUGGAGGACUUUGCAGACGCGAUCGUCGGCGUGCCGGGAGUCGGGCUUAACGUCGAGCAGCGGAAGCGGCUUACGAUCGGCGUCGAGCUCGCGGCGCGCCCUGAACUGCUCAUCUUCCUCGACGAACCGACUUCGGGCCUCGACUCGCAGACGAGCUGGUCCAUCUGCGACCUCGUCGACCGCCUCGCCAAGAGCGGCCAGGCCGUCCUCUGCACCAUCCACCAGCCGUCCGCCAUGCUGUUCCAGCGCUUCGACCGCCUACUCCUUCUUGAGAAGGGCAAGACGGUCUACUUCGGAGAGAUCGGCGACGAUGCCGCGACCCUGAUCGACUACUUCGAGCGUAACGGUGCACCAAGAUGCCCGCCGGAGGCCAACGCCGCGGAGUGGAUGCUGGGGCUGGCAGCCGGGGCCGACGAAGAGUCGCGGCGGUCGGAGAUUUGGCGGGCGUCACCUGAGUAUACGGAGGUGAAGGCAGAGCUCGCGCGACUGCGCGCGCGUAGCGGCAGCGGGACGAGCGACUCUCAGCCGCCGCACAAGGCGCCAGCGAGUUACGUGACGCAGUUCCGUGCAGUGUUCGGUCGCGUCGGGCGGCACUUCUGGCGGUCGCCGGUGUACACGUGGUCGAAGAUACUGCUGACGGUGAUACCGGGACUCUACCUCGGCUUCACCUUCAGCGCCUCCGAUCUGAGCCUCCAGGGCCUCCAGAACCAGCUCUACGCCUUCUUCAUGUCGCUCGUCCUACUCGCCAACUUCAACGAACAGAUUAUGCCCCACUUCAUCCCCCAGCGCGCCAUCUACGAAGCGCGCGAGCGGCCGUCCAGGAUCUAUCACUGGUCAACCUACGUUGUAUCCAAUAUCAUUAUCGAGAUGGCAUGGAAUACGCUCAUGGGCGUGCUACUGUUCCUAUGCUGGUACUACCCCGUGGGCUUCUACCGCAACAUGACAGACGGCGACGUGAGCCAGAGGUCGGGCCUGGUGCUUCUAAUACUGUGGCAGUACAUGCUGUUCGCGAGCACGUACUCGCACCUGGCGAUCGUGGCGAUCGACACGGCGGACCUGGCGGCGGUGCCGGCCUCGCUGUGCUGGUUCAUCAGCAUCAUGUUCUGUGGCGUUGGUGUCCGGCCCCCGGAUAUCCCGCACUUCUGGCAAUUCGCAUUCCGUGCGAGCCCCGCGCGCUACCUCGUCUCCGGCGUGCUCGCUCCGGCUAUGCACGGCUCCGAGGCCGUCUGCGCCGCCAACGAGGUCCUGUGGCUUGCCCCGCCCGGGCCCCCUAUCGCCCCCGCCAACUUGACGUGUGGCCAGUUCCUCGGGCCUUACGCCGAGGCCGCCGGCGGCAGGAUCCUCGACCCGCUGCAGGCGACAGGCCAGCCGUGCGGGUACUGCAGCGUCAGCAACUCAGACCAGUUCCUCGACUACUUCGGCAUCCAGUACAGCGAGCGUUGGCACAACUUCGGAUACCUGUGGGCGUAUAUCGUGUUCAACGCCGCCGCGGCGUGUCUACUGUACUGGCUCGUGCGGAUGCCGAAGGGGAAGAAGCGCGCUACGAAGAAGGAGUAGGCGUACAUUUUGAGAAUAGGAGGAGGGAACAGUGGAUGGAAAUAGGGACGGUUCCCCCCGCCCACCUUAUUUCCUAAGGAGAAGCAAAGUAUUGAGAGAGAAUUAGAGCACAGAGUACAUAGCUGGAAGGGCUAUCACAUAGACGGUGUGGCGUUCCGGCAAGUCUAGGCAAUUUAUAUGUUAAUUACAGGGGUGAAGAUAAAAAGAAUCAUGCUUCGUUGCAUAGGACACAAGAGCCAGAUAGAAAGAAUUAUAUUCCUGCCAACGCUGUGGCCAAGAA